GGUUUUCCUCAUUUAAAGGACUCUCGUAGUCCUGGACGCGUCUGCUUCGAGCCUCAUCAGUACUCUUCGCCGCAGUUGCGUUGCGGUCACACGGUCAUGGCCUCCAUAAUUUGCCGGGUCCAGUACCUGGAGGACUCGGAUCCGUUUAUCUGUACAAACUUUCCCGAACCUCGGAGACCUCCGACGGUGAGCCUGGAGGAGAGCCUGCCGCUCAGCGAGCAGAUCGCCGGGAUACACAAGCUGCUGGAGGCGCCUCUGAAGUUGGAGGAGUGCACCCUUCAGUUGUCUCCUAAUGGAAACUAUCUGGACCUGGACUCGUCUCUGGCUGAGCAGAGGGACGAGCUGGAGAGCUUCUAUGAAGACGUGACGAAAGGGAAGAAGCCCAUUGUGAUCCUGAGGACUCAGCUCACCGUUCGUGUUCACUCCAUCUUGGAGAAGCUGUAUAACUCUCAGGGUCCGGAGCUCAGGCGGUCUCUCUUCUCUCUCAAACAGCUGUUCCAGGAUGAUAAAGACCUGGUUCCAGAGUUCGUGGCCUCUGAAGGUUUGACCUGUUUCAUUAAAGUUGGCGCUGAAGCCGACCACAACUACCAGAACUACAUCCUGAGAGCUCUCAGUCAGAUCAUGCUGUUUGUGGACGGUAUGAACGGGGUGAUAAACCACAAUGAGACGGUUCAGUGGCUCUACACGCUGACAGGAAGUCUGUCUCGUCUGGUGGUCAAGACAUCUCUGAAGCUGCUCAUCGUCUUUGUUGAAUAUUCAGAGUCCAACAGUCCUCUGCUCAUCAACGCUGUCAACACAGUGGAUGGAAAAAGAGGUGUGAAGCCAUGGAGUUAUGUGAUGGAAGUUUUGGAGGAGCGAAACGGCUCCGACACAGAACUCCUCAAGUUCACCAUGACACUCAUCAACAAGACUUUAGCGGUGCUGCCUGACCAGGACUCGUUCUACGAUGUGACAGACAGUCUGGAGCAGUUGGGAAUGGAGACCAUCAUGCAAAAACACAUGAACAACAAGGGGACAGAGCCAGACCUCCGAGCACAGUUCACCAUCUACGAGAUGGCUCUGAGGCAUGAGGACGGUGAGAUAGACGACUCCUCCUUUCACGUCCGUAAAGAGAGGAGAAAGAUGGCUGCUGGUGAGCAGGAAGUACGAAAGAGCCGCCGCUCAUCCAGCCAGAACCUCCCCGACCUCCUGUCCUCAUCCGCGGGCUCUUCCCCCUCAGCAUCCCCCACACCCCCUGCCUUCCUCCCACCGUCACCCGCCAACAACCCCCUCUCCCCCGCCGUCUCCUCUGCCUCCUCCCCCAGCACCGCCGCGGGUUUCGGCAGCAGGGCCUCAUCCCCGUUGACCUCUGAUCCCUGCAGCUCCGCUUCCAGUCCGUCCGGAUCCCAGAGAGGGUCUCCGCUGCCCCCCCACACGACCUCCAACGGUACCACGACCGCAGAGCAGGAAACAAAGUCACCGUCCAGCCCGAGUCGCUCUUUUCUCAGCCACCACAUGUCAGCUCUGGGUCUGAGCAGGAAGUCCAGGCUCUUCUCCAAAACCAGCUCUAUCUCUGAGGAGCCUUCAGCCGCCUGCAGCUCGUCUUCCUCAGACCUCUCCCCCCAGGAGAAGUUGUCCCAGUUGAACCCAGAGCAGCCCGGCGACAAGACGGAGACUAAAACCAGUUUUAACUCUGGGGAGACUGACCUGGUCUUCUGCCCAGACGACUGUAAUGUAAAAGUGGACAAGCCAGUUCUGAGGAGGUUUGAAGACACCUUCCUGCGCAGCCUAGCAGCCACACAGUGGGAGAAGAAGAGAAGAAGUAAACACCUCAGCCAGGCUCGGCGGUCCUCCUCUGAUGAUGUCAUAACCCCGAGCCCGCAGCCUGCAGAGGAGGGCGGCGGCGUUCCGGCUGAAGAGCUUUCAGGCUCCACCUCCAGCAGCUUGGACGCAAACGGACACUCAGACUCCCAGAAUGACCCCGCAGCGUCGGUGCAGCGGCAGUGCAGCACUCUGUCCAACGACAGGAAGUUUCUGCUGGACAUGCUCUACUCCAAGACCUCUACCACGGCGCCUGUGAACCUGACGGCCACUGCUGCACCCGACACCACCGAAGAAGAAGGGAGCGUCCUGCCUGGUGGAGAUCUGGGUGGGCGGGGUCGCGUGUUGGAGCGUCUGUCGAGCUUCAGAGCGCGCUCAGUCGAGCCGUCCUGCCCCAGCGAGAGCAGCGCCUCCCGCAGGGCGGAGCUGGAGGGGCUGGAAGGUUCCGCCCAGGCGGCGCUGGCCCGGCUGGCUGAAGAGCAGCAGAGCCGUCAGCUCCGUCAGCAGAGCAGCAUCGAUGUGGAGAGCCACGCCCGCCGGCUGGAGACCACCCAGAUGACCCCGCUGGGCCCCGGCGGCCCCGGCGACGCCUGGGAGCAGCUGCAGCCGAGCGCCGCCGCCCUACGCAUCAAAGACCUGGACUUCUCCGACCUGCUGGACGAGGAGGACAUAGAUGUCUUGGACAUGGACACCUUCGACUCACCUCCACCUCCACCUCCUCCUCCUGUCUCUGCCCCACCCCCACCUCCUCCCCCUCCUCCUCCUCUGGGCCUGGCUGCUCCUUCUCCUCCCCCUCUGCCACCAGGAGGUCUAGCCCCUCCACCGCCUCCUCCCCCUCCACCAGGUGCUCCUCCUCCUCCCCCUCCUCCUCCUGCGCCUCCUUCCUCGGCGGCAUCCUCUCAGAAGCAGAAGAAGAAGACGGUGAAGUUGUUCUGGAAGGAGCUGAAGCAGGCUGACGGACCUCAGAAGUGUCGCUUUGGUCGGGGGACAGUGUGGGCGUCUCUGGACAAGGUGGCGGUGGACACCUCCCGACUCGAACACCUGUUUGAGUCUAAAGCCAAAGACCUACCCGUCGCCAAGAAAGGAGCUGAGACAAAGAAGUCUGAGAUUCUUGUUCUGGACCCGAAGAGGAGUAAUGCCAUCAACAUCGGUAUGACCGUCCUGCCGGCGGUCCACGUCAUCAAGACUGCCAUCCUCAACUUCGACGAGUUCGCCAUCAGCAAGGAGGGCAUCGAGAAGAUCCUGACCAUGACCCCAACAGAGGAGGAGAAGCAGAAGAUCCAGGAGGCUCAGCUGGCCAAUCCUGACGUUCCUCUGGGGACGGCGGAGCAGUUCCUGUUCAGCCUGGCCUCCAUCAGUGCCCUGACCCCCCGUCUGCAGCUCUGGGCCUUCAAACUCAACUACGAGGUUCUGGAGAAGGAGAUAGCAGAGCCUCUGUUUGACCUGAAGCUGGGCAUGGAGCAGCUGGCGUCCAAUCAGACCUUCAGGAGAAUCCUGGCAACGCUGCUCGCCAUCGGGAACUUCCUCAACAGCUCCAGCGCUAAAGGCUUUGAGCUGGGUUACCUGGAGAAGGUGGUGGAGGUGAAAGACACAGUUCACCGUCAGUCUCUGCUGCAUCACACCUGCAGCCAGGUGGUGGAAAAUUACCCAGAAUCCUCUGACGUCUACUCUGAGAUCCCUGCCAUCACCCGCUCCGCCAAAGUGGACUUUGAGCUGCUGUCAGAGAACCUGGUCCAACUGGAGAGACGUUGCAAAGCAUCAUGGGACAACCUGAAGGUGGUGGCCAAACAUGAAACCAAAGCGGUCCUGAAGAACAAGAUGACGGACUUCCUGAAGGACUGCACACAGAGGAUCAUCAUCCUGAAGGUGGUCCACAGGCGGGUCAUCAACAGGUUCCACUCCUUCCUGCUGUUCCUGGGUCAGCCGUCCUCCUCUGUGCGGGACAUUAAAGUCACGGCUUUCUGUCGGAUCAUCAGCGAGUUCGCUCUCGAGUAUCGAACCACCAGAGAACGAGUCCUCACGCUCAAACGCAAACGAGCCGCUCACAGGGAGAGAACCAAGACCAGAGGCAAGAUGAUCACUGAGACUGAGAAGUUUUCGGGGGCGGUGCCUCAGCAGGACGACCCCUCCCCCGUCUCUAUGUCGGCAGAGGCGGAGCCGGGUCAGGAGGAGGAGCACGAGAACAUGAAGAACCUGCUUAUCACCAGCAACAACAGCCUGUCUGCAGACCAGAGAGGCCUGAGACGCUCCAGAGCCGUCCGGAGUCUUGGAAGGGUCAGUCCGUCCCUGAUGUCCGUAGCCAAAGAAGACGGGACCAUCUCCCAGGACGACGCCACAGACGAGAUCAUGGACCGACUGGUCAAGUCUGUGACCCAGAAUCCCUCGGACAGGCCGUCCAGCCCCAAGACCCGCAAACGGUCUCGACUGAACAGGAAGUCAUUGAGGAGGACUCUGAAGAGCGGUCUCAGUCUGGAUGUGGUUCAGGCUCUGGGACUCAACAGCAACACAGGAGACAAAGUCUGAGCAGAGACUCAAACUGAUCGACGGAUCGAUCGGUGAACACUAUCGAUUAAAGAGACUGACCUCAGAGCAGCUGAGAGACGCCACUGGACAACUUGAUGACCAGGUUGUCUGAAUGUUGUCCCGGAUGUCCUGUGUCCUGCGGUGACACGUGACCCGUUUCCUGUUCGACAUCACACGUGUGAAUGUUUGUGAGUUUGACACGAGCCAAAGACGAACCUGCUUUAUUAUCACUGCAGCCUGCACAGACAAGGCCUUGAAAGUCAUUAAAGGUUUUGGAAAAAAAAAAGAACGACUGAAAAUUCAACGGAAGAACAAAAUCAACAUCACGAACAUCACUGAAAUCACUAAAAUCACUAAAAUCACUAAAAUCACUGAAAUCACUGAUGUGGUUUGUAAGUGUCACCGGCCUGUAUGUGUGUGUGUGCGUGUGUGUGUGUGUGCGUGUGUGUGUGCGCGCGUGCGCGUGCGUGCGUGCGUGCGUGUGUCCUCUCAGGUCUUUCACUCGUUCUCAGUUCACGUCGUUCUCAGAUUGAUCUUUUCUGUUCACGUGUUGUUGUUUUUUUUGAGGUGUUUCAACUGACUUCAGGUCAGUUUGUGACUUGCAGGUAAAAAAGCUUCUUCACUGUUUGUGUGUGAAGGAGGAAGACAGUUUUUAUUUAAAGAGGAAGAUGAAGAUUUGAUUCAAAGACUCGUGGAAGGUUGAAUGUGUUCCAGAUAUAAUUAAUAAAACGUUUUAAUAAAGAA